GAGCAUAACUAGGAGGUGGUGUGUAUACUUCAAAUGAAGAUUGACUAUCGAAUGGAAGAAAAGAAAAUUGAACAUCAUUUCGAUUGGGUCGUGGUCUUACAAAAAUUGAUGAAUAAGACGGCGGAGCUCCUCUAGAAUAAGGAAGUGCAGAAUUUAAUAUUCGAAAUAGUCAGAGACGAAGUCAAGACAGACUAUUGGAUAGAAAACGGUUUUGGUCCUCUUCUAACAACAAUAAUAAUAAUGAGAGACAUAAUUUGAAUGUAUCGAAAUAUUCAUUGGAUGCAAGACUGCAGAGAACUCAGAAUCAAAAUUUAAAAAGAAAUUCUCUCAGGGAUCAAAGACGUAAUUCUACCUUUAUUUACACUCGUGAGAUUUGAUAAUAAUCUUUGUAUGGGAAGCACUGGCGAAAAUGGAACUUGUAUUUCACCUGCAGAAUGCACUCAAAGAAGAGGUGUUAGCAAUGGAAUUUGCGCUAAUGGAUACGGAGUUUGUUGCUUUGUAACUGUUACCUGUGGACAAACAACAAUAGACAAUAAUACUUAUUUUGUCAAUAAUAAUUAUCCUGCAGCAUUCGAUGGAACUGAGUCUUGUCAAUUAACUGUCUUCAAAUCUAAUCCUGAUGUUUGUCAAUUUAGAUUAGAUUUUGAACAAUUCAAUAUUCGUGGUCCAGAGACGACAAAUAAUCUUUGCACUUACGAUCAAUUUAUUGUUUCUGGCGGCAAUCCAGUUCCUCCAAUUUGUGGAAACAAUAAUGGCAAUCACAUGUAUGUGGAUGUUGGAACUGGACAAACAAAUCCAGUGACACUUUCGUUUGUCACAAGUGGAAAUGGAUUUGAACGUAUGUGGAAAGUGCGAAUUGCACAAAUUCCCUGCAGUACAAUUUAUAGAGCCGAUGAGGGUUGUUUACAAUAUUAUACUGGAGUUUCAGGACAAGUUAAAUCUUUUAAUUAUGAUCCAAUAAAUGGAUUACAAUUAUCAAAUCAAGAUUACAGUAUUUGUAUUCGUAUGGAGAGAAAUUUUUGUGGUAUUCAGUAUAUGACUUGUCCUGAAGGACUACAAAUACCGGCUGGAUUAAUACCAAAUUCACAACAAGGAUUGAGAAGUAAUGCAUUCUCGUUAACGGGAAAUACAUUGAGUGGACAGCCAGUGGCAGUAGUUGGACAAAAUUGUCAGACGGAUUGGUUAAUGAUACCGUGUGCAAUGAGUUCAGGAAGAUUGUCCACAUCGACAAUAACUUGUGUCGAUAGAAUAUGCGGCGGUGCUUUUAAUACUGAAUCCACGACAAAUUCUUCGACUCUCAUAAGUACAGUAAAACCAUUUCGAUUAGUUUUUCACACGGAUGGAACAGAAGCUCCAAAUGAUAUGGGUAACAAAGGUUUCUGCUUGAAUUUUGUGCAACAACCAUGUACUAUGAAAUUAUAAUGAAUGAUGCUAAAUAAAUAUUUUAAUUUUUUUCUAAUUGAUAAAAAGAUACAAAAUAUCAUUUGACGUUGCAAUUCUCAGUUUAUCAUACAUUAGUUAUUUUCUUGAUUGAAUGGAAUUUAGAUCUAUUCUUGUGAAUUCAUUACUUAAAUGGUGAUAAUUACACCAAAUAUUUUUUCAAAAAUUUUAAACUACUAGGUAAUAAAAAAUUAUGCUUAGUACUUUUUUCC